AUGACUGACACCGCAGAUAUCAAGAAGCAGGUUCCGUACGAGGUAGAACAACUAUCCGACGAGAGCCUUGCUCCUGACGAUGCUGUCCUCCAGGCCCAGGGCCAUCGGCCCGAGCUUGCGCGGUCAUUUUCCUGGGUGGGAGCCAUUGGAUUGUCGUUCAGUAUUGCCAACUCAUGGUUAGGUUAUGGAGCAACCUUCGGAACACCCCUGGCGUAUGGAGGUGGCCCGACCGUUCUCUUUGGGGUGAUGAUUGCAGCGGUAGCGCAGUGGAUUGUGUUGCUCGGGCUGGCAGAGCUGUGCUCUGCAUUGCCCUCGUCAGGGGGUCAAUAUCACUUUACCUAUAUUCUAGCUCCCCCGAAAUACAAGAAGUUCGCCGCAUACACAGUUGGUAUUACCAAUGUAAUAGCAUGGUGGGUGAGUGCGGCAUCGGGCAUCAUCUAUACAGGGAUCUCGGCGUUUGGGAUAGCAGUGUUCUGGUAUCCGGACUUUCAGCAUGAGAGGUGGCAGAUAUAUUUGUGUUAUGUGUUGGUGGUCACGUUGACCUGUAAGGCCCCCAAGAGACGUUAUGACUACUUAACGAAAACCACCUUUACCCUGUCCAUCACCGGCUUAGUUUUGGUCUUGAUAGCCGUGCUCGCCUCCGGACGGGGACGCUACCAUCCUGAAAUCCUCACAACCUUCCAGGGGACAAGUGGCUGGGACACGGCCCCAGCAUGGUUGCUGAGCAUCACGAUGGGACAAUACUGCUAUGCGGCUAUCGGAGCUGUCACACAUAUCGCGGAGGAGAUGCCGCAGCCGGGCCGGAGGAUCCCCCUCGUGAUUAAUCUCGGAGUCCUGGUCGGUGUUAUGACAGCUGUCCCGUGGGUCACAGUGAUGCUCUGCGGCAUCCAGGACAUUGAUGCCGUUCACAAAGCUUUCAUCCCUAGCAUGGAGGUCUACUAUCAAGCGACAGGAAGCAAGGUGGGCGCCACCGCGCUGCAAGCCUUCAUGACAUUUCUGUAUUGGACCUGCGGUCCAAGCCAAUGGAUAACUUCGAGUCGGAUCGCGUGGGCAUUCUCUAGAGAUAACGGCCUUCCUUUCUCCCAUUACUGGAACUUCAUCGACCCGAAAUUCAACAUCCCCGUGCGCACCACCUUCCUCUCGGUUUCAUUCUGUCUUCUGUACGGUCUGGUCUAUAUCGCCAGUUCGACCGCAUUUAACUGCAUCGUGAAUAUGUCGAUCCUCUUUUUGAACAUCAGCUUUACUGUGCCCCAGGCCAUCCUGGCGACAGUAGGACGGGACAAGCUUCCGGUACGCUCAUUUAAUCUGGGUCGAUGGGGAUACGCAGUCAAUAUUUUCUCCACGGUAUGGUUGACCUUCAGUGGGAUUCUGUUUUGUUUCCCGACAAAACUACCGGCAACAGCAGGGUCGAUGAAUUAUGGUUCGGCGGUCCUGGUAGGAGUGUAUUGCCUCAUAAUGCUGCUGUGGAUUGAACGGAGGAAUAAAUUCACCGGGCCAAAGAUCAACUGGGAUGCAUUGAACAUGAGCAACAAAUUGGCAUAA